AUGUCGCUGUACGGCCAAGCACGUUCCAAAUCCGCAAAGAAAGAAGCCUCGACAUCGACAUCGACCUCGACCUCCACCCUCGCCUUCAGCACACACCUGGCCUCCCUGAUCGCCGGAUCUCGAGACUCGGAGGGGACCUCGACCUCGAGCUCCAACGCCGCCUCACGAGGACGCACCCGACCCUCUCGAACCAGCAAACCGUCAGACCUCUUCGCCCGACCGAACCGGGGCGCCCAGAAACGCGCCGCCGCCGACGAAGCAGGCGAUGACGCCCACCAUGUGCGGCAGGUGCACCAGUCUAGCGCGGAGAUCGGGACCAUCGACGCGGCGACAUUCCACCGCUCGAAGCGCCGGAUGGAGGAGAAGGCACGCCUCUACGAAGAUCUAAAGAGCGGGCUAUACCUUGCUGAAAGCAGUGAUGAGGAACCAGACACAAGAGAUAAAGAGGACUAUCUUGCCCGACUUCGACGGAAGGAAAGGGAGGGACUUGUCGAUUUUGACAAGAAAUGGCAAGACAAAGCACAAGAUGAUGAAAACGAAGAAGGAGAAGAAGAAGAUGAUGAUAAUGCAUCGAUUGUUUCCUACGAAGAUGAACUCGGACGCACGCGGCGCGGUACACGCGCCGAAGCCGCCCAAGCCCGAGCCUUGCAAAACGCAAAUAACAGAGAUACGACUCAACGGUGGAAACCCGUCCAACCAGAGAACCUCAUCUACGGGGCCACCGUGCAGAGUGAGGCGUUUGCACCCUCCUCGGCGAUGACACACCUUGCAUCCCGACGGGACCGAUCACCCACCCCCGAGACGGAGAUGCAGAUGCACUACGAUGCGGAGGCGGAGGCGCGCGCACGGGGGACGGGAUUCUAUGCGUUCUCGCGCGAUGCGGCCACGCGCGAUAAGGAGAUGGCGGAAUUGAUGCAGGCGCGCGAGGAGACGCAGCGGGAACGCGAGGCCCGCAUCGCCAGGCGGGCGGAGAGGUUGGCUGUUCGGGAACAGAGGAGGGUCAAGGUUGACGAGUUGCGGGCGAAGAGGAGGGCAGACGUGUUUCUUGCUGGGCUGUAG